CAGCUAUACUUAAAAAAGAAGAAAGGAGUGGCGCCACACUGCCAAAUCUGUCAAAAGGGUAUUAUUAUAAUAGGUAUAUUUUUAUGAUUUUAGUAAUAAAAUCUUAAAGAGUAACCGUCGAAAUGGUUAUUAAAGUAUACAUUAGCGGCAUUUCUGGUAACAAAGAGGUGAAGAAACGCCAGCAAAGGGUAUUGUUAAUAUUAGAUUCGAAAAAUGUAAAAUACGAAGUGAUAGAUAUUGCCGAGCCCGGCGCCGAAGAGGUUAAAGAUUUCAUGCAGAAUAAGUGUACAUCAUUGGGAGCUACUAUCAGUGACCCAAGCCCUAGGCAUCCCUUACCUCCACAAAUCUUCAAUGAUGAUGAUUACUGCGGGGAUUAUGACCAGUUCGACAUGGCAAACGAAAUUGAUGAAAUGGAGAAAUUCCUCAAAUUAGAAUCUACGGAUUCAGAUGUGAAUCUCACAUCUAACGCCGAAAUUCAGUUAAAGAAUGGUGAAGUAACGCCUGAUGAAACAAAAUCUGAAGUAGAAACAAAAGAAGAGGGUGAAAUAAAAGAAAACGAAGUGCCUAACGAACAAGAGAAAACAGAGUCUGAAGAAAAAUCAAAUGAUGCCGAAGUGAAAGGCGAAGAAGAACCAAAGGAAAACGAAGAUACUGAAGUAAGUGUAGAAUCGAAGAACGAAACCGAAGAUACAACAGAAGCAAAAAGUGAGGAAAAUACUGCUGAAGGAGCAGGCGACAAGGCAGAAAACGAAGAAAACUCCAAAACUGAGGAUGAAAAGGCUGAUGAAGCAUAAUUUUUUUACAAGACAUAUUUAUUAUUUGCACUGAACUAUCAUAAAACUAUAAGACA